CCUGACCCCGGAGAAGGAGGGACGUUCCCCGCCGCGUGAGGGGGUGGGGAAGUGGGUAGUGAAUUUGGAUCCACCUGGGAGCGGGGAGUGGAAGUUCCCGCCCCGGACGGCGGCGAGGCGGCAGCCACAGUUGAUUAUGGAAGAUUCCCACAAGAGUAACACUUCGGAGACAGCACCUCAGCCGGGGUCAGCAGUUCAGGGAGCCCAUCUUUCUCAUAUUGCUCAACAGGUAUCAUCUUUAUCAGAAAGUGAGGAGUCCCAGGACUCAUCUGACAGCGUAGGCCCCUCACAGAAAGCCCACGGGAUCCUAGCACGGCGUCCAUCUUACAGAAAAAUGUUUAAAGACCUGUCUUCUGAAGACACAAGAAGCAGAAAAGGAGACGGAGAAAACCCUGGAGUUUCUGCUGUCACUUCUAUGUCCGUUCCGACUCCCAUCUAUCAGACUAGCAGUGGACAGUGCAUUGCCAUUGCCCCAAAUGGAGCCUUACAGUUGGCCAAUCCAGGCACAGAUGGAGUACAGGGGCUUCAGACAUUAACCAUGACAAAUUCGGGCAAUACUCAGCAAGGCACAACUAUUCUCCAGUAUGCACAGACCUCUGAUGGACAGCAAAUACUUGUGCCCAGCAAUCAAGUGGUAGUGCAGACUGCAUCAGGAGACAUGCAGACAUACCAGAUUCGUACCACACCUUCAGCCACUUCUCUGCCACAAACUGUGGUAAUGACAUCUCCUGUGACUCUUACAUCUCCGACAACUAAGACAGAUGACCCCCAAUUGAAAAGAGAAAUAAGGUUAAUGAAAAACAGAGAGGCUGCUCGAGAAUGUCGGAGAAAGAAGAAAGAAUAUGUGAAAUGUCUGGAAAAUCGAGUUGCAGUCCUGGAAAAUCAAAAUAAGACUCUAAUAGAAGAAUUAAAAACUUUGAAGGAUCUUUAUUCCCAUAAAAGUGUUUGAUUCUUAACAAAGAAAAUAUUUUUGUGUGGACUUGCCUAAAAUUAAAUGUAUUUCUUUUUAGUGGGGUUUUAUAAAUUAACAAAAAAAGGUCAAAAGUGAAGCUUUUUAUUUAGGCUUUUGCAACUCAAAGAUAGCAAAGAUACCUUGCAAGAUACCUUGUGACAGAGGAAAAUGUGUAAAGUAACCUCAAGGAAGCUACUGGCACAACUGGAAACUUUGUAAAAAUUAAGUAUACUCAAGAACCAAGAAAUGAACUUGCAGCAAUUUGAAUUUUCUAAGUAACAAUAGUCGUCAGUCCAAAAAUGGCAGAUGAAGAUGAAAUUUGGUAAAUUCGAUUUUUAAAAAUAAAUCAGUUUACCCUAUGGUUU